CGGGACCCCAUGCAAGCAGCUCGUGCCGAAGAAGUCCAAACUAGGGCUGCUCGCGGGUGUCGCUGGCUCAGUCCAAGUCCAAGGUGAACAAGGAUUCCUCUGAUGUCUCCCGCGCACGAUUCAACUCGUUCAACUUGGGUAUCAUGCUCGACCCCCGCGCCGGAGCAGCCCGUACAAACCGUUUUUGUCAAGCCCCCUCGGGACUGCACCACGACGUCGACAUCCCAAGCACCGAAGUGUAGCAACGGCCUGCGAGCGCCCGAGCCGAAUCCCGCUACGGUCUCGAUCGCCGUACGUGCAAUCAAGUCGAUGCGCUCCCUCGCUCGGAUGGCUAGCUGGGCGCAGCUGACGAACAACGGCGAGCAGGGGAAUGCGGAGCCCGGCACCAAGGCGGCUGCCCCGAAGAAGAUGAAGGAGACGAGCGAUGCGGGCAAGAAGAAGAAGGGGAAGAAGAAGGACGAGGAGAAGAAGAAAGAGGAGAAGGGAUUGGUGAAGCGGAGGGAGAAGGAGGAGACGAAGCAGUCGACUCUGCGCUACUCGAGCAGCAGCUUCGAGGCAGGCGCCCUCAGCACGCAGGUCUCGAACACAUCUUCGACGGGUUCUGCAGAGGUUGGACAACCUCAGGCACCCUCGAGGCUUUCGGUGGAUUCAGCACACCUCAUCAUGAACACACAGGGCCGGCCGACGUCUAUCAUAUCCAGCGGCUCGUCGCUCUGACCGCCAUCUACGGCAAGCGCAAUCAGCGAGCGUAGCAAGAGCUCGUCGUCAAGCAGCGUCGCGAGCGUGCGCUGGGAUGAUGAAGGCAUCCGAAGUUCGCGGGAGCUCCAGCGACUUGAGAGGAAGAGUAGCGACAGCGCACGGCCCCGCGAGAGCAGGCGUACCAGUGACGGAAGGCGGCGUGUGGCCAUCGUGGACAUUUU